GCUUCAUAUGGAAUAUUUCUACCUACGAGAGGAGUAUCAACUCUUUGUUGACUUGGUAAAAAGUGACGAGACUGUAACAAGUGAGCUGCAAAAAUUGUACGAGAAGGACCUGCCAGAAAUGUUUGUCACUCUUGACACUUUGAACAUUCUCCUGAAGAAGGUGCAGCCCACAGAUAAUCUUCUGUCAUUUGAGGCCUGUACAGAAUGGCUUAGAAGGGUCAAGUCCAUUAAGCCCUGGAUGGAGUGGAUCAGUAUAGACAAUUACCAGAUUCAUCUUUACGAGAAGAAAAGGGAACUCCUGAAGAGUGUGUUACACCAGUGGACCUGCACCAACAUUGUCUACAUGUUCUUUGACCACCUGCUGCACAAUGAGACACAAAUAGAUGAGAAGCUUCUGAGACUUCUUGUGAAGCAGUUCAUCUUCACCUGGAAUCGCCUGACUGAAACACAAAAUUUUGAGCCAGCAGAAACUUUUGAGUUGGUGACAAAAGUGCUCAAGAAAUGCAACGAAAAUGCUGACACUGUGUACCUUGUGAAGGGUGUGAAGGACUGCAAGAGCUGUCUACUGGAGAUCACUGACCCAGCAGAGCUGCCCUGUGGCCACAUUUUCUGCUCACAGUGCAUUCGUGAGUGGAGAAGCAAGCAGUGUAAGAUCUGCAAGGAUAACUUCCCAGAGGAUUACACACCCACAGCUACAGUGGCCACAAGGGAAGCUGUUGCAUGCCACAACAAAUUCAGGAGGAAAUGUAACUCCUUCUUCGUGGAGUUUGUUACCACCUCUGUCUUGGGAGACAGAGGCACACCAUCCCCUGAAGUCAUCACUCGACUGAUCCAAUUUGUGGCCUGCAAGCCAUCCAGCCCUGAGCACCAGGCAGUAAAAAGGGUGUGCAAGUCAAAAAGUGAGCUGUCGCCCUUUGAAGAGUGCAUGGACACCAGUCCAACAAUCAAGUCCUCCCUCUUGAAACUGCUCCUGCAACAUGGGUUCAACAACAUAAAGGUUCACCUGGAAAAAUACCUUUCUGAGAUGGAAGAAAAGAUAUCCAUCAGCAAAAGGAACUGGGACCAUUUCUACUUCAUGGUGGUGCAUUGUCUGGAGGAUUUUAUGUAUCCUUCUUCCCAAGAUGAUGUCAACCACCUUGCUGAAAGCUGCCUCUCUACUGCAGACCUUUCUGCUUUCUGCUCACGCAAUGCCUCAAAAAUUGACACCCUCCAGUUCAUAGCCCGUCUCCGGUUCUCCAUCAGCCAUGUGGCCACUGUGCUUGGCAGACAGGUGCUCUGCGGUGCAGCUCCAAACAUACCAUCUCCUAGUGGGAACAAGCAAGAGGAGCAAGACGUGGUGAAUGCAAUGAAGAAGCUGGUGGCAAAUGCACAGACACCAUGGCCUCAAAUAUUCCUCAUUAGAAAUCUCUAUAACAACUAUGGGUUCAUCCCAAUGCAGAAGAUCCUUCAGGCAGAAAAAUGGAUUUUACCCAGAGGGGUUGAAAUUUCACAGCAUAUGGGUGCCUGGUCAAAUAUAACACUGAUGUUUUCGGUGCUGGACAGAGCAGAAAAUAAAAUAAAAAACAAAGAUCCUCAGGAAGUCCAGAGACUGAUUCCUGUCAUAAAAAAAAUGGAAAACAUCCUCCAAACACCAUUGGUCCCAGAAGAACCUCUGGAAAACAAGAUGAAGAAGAUCGUGGAUGCUCUGUGCAGACACAAAAACAAGGUCUUGAUGGAGGUGGUGUUUCACACUGCACUUACUCUGGCCCUAUCCCAAAGUCCCCUCACUCAACUUUUCAGAAAUAUCUGCUUUAAUCCUCAUGUGGUGAAGGGGUCCUACCUUCCCACCAUGCCUGGAGACCUGCUUUUUGAUCAGAAGAACUGGAAAAUUGGUCAAUAUGAUACGCCUUGGACUUGUCAGUGUGGAUCAUACUGGAUCGUCACCAACUGUGGGCGUCCCGGGGAAGUCAAACAAUGCCUAUGUGGUGCCAAAGUUGGAGGAAUUAAUCACAAACCUGAGAGAGGUUUCGUGAGGAAGGCAAUCACAGAGGAUAAAACAGGAAAAGGAUACAUCCUUGGGAGCCCUUCAACACGGAGAAUUGAAUUGGAGAGGGACCUGUCACCUGCCUCUGUCUGUCUUGCAAGAGCUCUGCUGCAUUCAUCCAUGCUGCUGGGAAUCUAUACAGAUAAACAGGCAAUUCUGAGUCUGAUGACAGAGAAGCCAAAGGAUGUGGCAAAAUUCUUCUGGGACCACCUUGAAAAAGAUAUUGAAUGCCUGGCAGAGGCACUUAGCAGAAACACAGAGGAUGCCACAGUGACUGUCCAUCUGUUUCUCCAGCACUUGAGCAACAGUACAACAGGACAAAACAUGGCCUUGAAUAUUUUGCCUAGGCAAGAAGACCGAAGGCAGUGGGAAACCUGCUUUAAAACCCUGACUCAGCCAUUCUUCCAGGCCUUGGAGCAGAGCCUUACUUCUGUCAAGCAGCAGAGGAUGAGAGAUGCUCAGGGCUCCAACCUGCUCCUACAAAUAGCUUAUGGGCAGAUGAGUCCUUUCAAAGACCAGCCAAACCUUGGACUGAUUGGCAUGUCCUACAUGUGGAGAUUUGAACAGAGGACAUCCAUCCAGACACUGAUGCAUCUCCUUCAGCAAGAACACAGAGAAGGCGAAGGAAACCGCUACCCUGUUCUUCUGGAGCUCAUGUCUAAGCUCCAAAACAUCCAGCAUGUCCAACACCUGCCUGACAUUUUCAGUCUGCAGAAAGCCCUGAUCCACUUCUUCCAGAACAGCCAUGGAGGGGAAAUAUACUCAGUACAACAGUUUCUAGACCAACAUGAACUUUCAGAGGACCAGCGUUCAGCUUUCUGCCGAGCUGUAGCGACCAUCCAGAAAGUCUGGAGCAAUAUCAGAAUGAAACCACUGUGCUCAGAUGUCAGAGUCCCCCCGGACCUGUUGCCAAAGGACAUCAAUGCCAACACUGCUGUCCUGAAACUCCUCCCAACUCCACUUUCUAUUGGUUACCUUGUGACAAGGCUCCUCAUACAGCUCCAGAACAGUUGUGUGGACACAGCUACACAGAUCACAAAGGAAAAGCAACGGGUCAUCUCUGCAGAAGAAGUGAAACCAUCUUCGGUGCUGAAGGUAACUGAGAAUGAUCUGAUCACUGCGACGCUGGCCAACUCCCAGUAUGUGAUAGAGGAAGACGGCACCAAGACAACCCAUUUUGACUUCCAGACACUGCAGCGGCAAGUGAUCCAACGUUUUAUCAGUGGGAAACCUAUCAUCAAAGCUCAGACGGCUCCAUCCUUUGCACUGAACAGCAUGAAGACCCUGCAGUACACAAAAACAAAAGUGAGAGAACAGCUGCAACAGGAAUCACUAAGUGUGAACCAGCUGAAACGGAUCAUGGAAGAAGCCCGAUCAGUGAAUGCUAUUUCCCAAACGCUUGCCACCUUGAAAGUGGUUGCCGAGUUCCUGGCUGUGACCGGUGGGGACCCAGAGCGCCAGUUGUCUGAGUAUGUAAAAAAUGAGCUGAAGAUGGAUGCAAGUGUAGAACAGUUCCGAGACAUGCCGGUGGUACCAAACACUCAGCUGAAGCACAUCCUGUCUCUGUGGCAGACAUUGUCAGCAAAGAGAUCUGUGCUGCUGGUGCAGAUGAAUCAGAAUCCUUUCUGCCUGGUUUCUGAGCAGUACCAUGAGGAGUUGAGUGCAGAGAAGGAGAAGGCUCUGACUACUGCGCUCUCCACAGUUAACCUGGACUUGUUCCUCAUUGAGCUCCAUGAGAUGAUCAUUGUGCCUCUGGAUAGCUUUGAUCCACAGUGGGGGCUAAAGGAAACUUUCAGAUCCUUCCUGGAAGACAGGCAAGAUGAUGCCUGCAUUGCAAACCUGACAGGCACUUUGAGUCCAGACCUACUACUGAAGGAUGUUGUUUCCAUCUGGAAGACAGCUGUGAGGACCAGCAAAGUUCAUAGCCCUACUUACAUCCAGGAAAGACUAACCUAACUCUUGCUAAGUCCCCCAGGAAUUAACUCACCUGCAGCUUCUCCAACCCAGUUGUCAGCACCCUGAGUGCCUUAAUUGUCCUGACCGACCUCACCCAGGAUUUCCACCCAUGCACCCACCAUCCACUGGUCCAGGAGUUCCACUUAAGCUCAGCCCUGGGCUUUCUGUCCCUGCCCGAGCUAUGUUGUAGGUGCAUAGGUGUCCAGCCCUGUGCCCUGACAAUCCUGAUUUGCUCACUAGUCUUCCUGCAUUGACCUUGGACCUGUUUCAUCACCUCACCUUGUUUGAUGAUCACGGGGCAGUCAAUAGAAUCUGGCUCUGCCCAGGUUCUGUGGAACUGUGCCUGGUCGGUGGGGACACUGUCGUGCCUCUGCUGGGGUCACCCUCUGCUUCCAGCUCAUUUUGCUCUGUGGAACAGCCCCACGCCUGCUGCUCCCUGACAAAAAUCUCCCCACCAACCAUUCAAUUUGUUGCCAAUUUAUUGCAUCUAAGUUUCAGUGCAGGUUACUAAAAACCAAACAACCGGAAUGGGGGAGGGACAGGGAACCUCAUUUUAAUGCUUAGUACUAUAUUUGUGCUUUUUCCUAAUAUCUGUGAUAGCAUAUUCAAGGCAGCAAAAGCAAUGUAAGCAAAAAUACACCUAGAAAUAAAAGCAAAAGCAAGAAACUUACAGCAGCUGCAGCACUGCAGCACGGAUCAGCAGUGGUACUUCCACAACAAAGAUGAUACACUUCACAACUGCAGUGAAGACCCAUUUCAUACCCAUAUUUGGGGACUCUGCACCUUGAGAGAGAUUAUAAGCCACCCCUUCAGUUGGCCCAGAUCAGAUCUUCAGUUUUGCUCAUCCUGACCUAGAAGUACAUGCUGUGCUUCCUUAUUGGUCCCAACUUUGUUUUCUUCGGUAUCUCCAAAAUCAAUCCCAGUUCUGUCGUGGUUUAACCCCAGUCAGCAGCCAAGCACCACGCAGCCGCUCCCUCACUCCCCCACUCCCCCCGCUCCCAGUGGGAUGGGGAGGAGAAUCAGGAAAGAAGGUAAAACUCGUGAGUUGAGAUAAGAACGGUUUAAUAACUAAAGUAAAAUAUAAUACUAACAAUAAUAAUAAUAAUAAUAAUUGUAAUGAAAAGGAAUAUAACAAAAAAAAAGAAGAGGGGAAAAAAAAGGAAAAAAACCCCAGUGAUGCACAAUGCAACUGCUGACCACCCGCUGACUGAUGUCAGAGCUGUGAUCUGCACCUCCUGGCCAACUCCCCCCAUUUAUAUACUGGGCAUGACAUUCCAUGGUAUGGAAUACCCCUUUGGCUAGUUCAGGUCAGCUGCCCCAGCUGGGCUCCCUCCCAGCUUCUUGCACACCUGCUUGCUGGCAGAGCAUGGGAAACUGAAAAGUCCUUGACUUUUAGGAUAAGCGCUACUUAGCAACAACUAAAACAUCAGCGUGUUAUCAACAUCAUUCUCACACUAAAUCCAAAUCCCAGCACUGUACCAGCUACUAAGAAGAGAGUUAACUCUGUCCCAGCCGAACCAGGACAAGUUCCCAAGAUUGCAUUCCUCUGUUGAAGAGGAUUGACAAUUGGUGAGCAGUUUAUAGGCCUGGGGCUUCGAAUAUCAUCUUGUGCCUGUAUUUUCAAGGCCUCUGCUCUCAUCCCGUGCCUGUACUCCUCUUUGCAUUUUUAUUCUAAGGUCAUACAUACUUUAUUCUGCAUAUAGUAACUACUUGUUACUAGUGUUAGUCACUAUACAUAUG